CCCAAUCGAGGCCCAGCCGCGGGGUCACAGUCGCUCUGGGAGAUGACCCCAUCUAGACACUCACAGACCCCAUCAUGCUGGGCCACGUGGGCCCAGCUGAAGGCACUGCUGCGGAGGGAGACCCCACAGGACACAGGGACAGGGGGGACAACUGGACCCGUCCGCAGCCACACCACAAGCGUCCACACACCAGCCGGCUGGGACCUCCAUGCACAGGAGCCAGUGCCCCCAGGGAGUAGAGACCGCCCACUGCAGGAUGCGUUGCUGAAUCUGGGCUCCGUCCUCGACGUUGCAGGCUUGCAACGGGCUGUCAAAGAGGCCCUGUCAGCCGUGCUCCCCAGAGUGGAGACUGUCUACACCUACCUGCGGGACGGGGAAUCCCGGCUGGUGUGUGAGGAGCCCUGCCACGAGCUGCCCCAGGAGGGCAAAGUGAGAGAGGCUGUGAUCUCCCGGAAGCGGGUGGGCUGCAAUGGAUUGAGCCCCUCGGACCUGCAGGGGAGGCCCUUGGCCAGGCUGGUGGCUCCACUGGCUCCUGACACCCAAGUGCUGGUCAUUCCGCUGGUGGACGAGGAGGCCGGGGCUCUGGCAGCUGUCGUCUUGGUGCACUGUGGCCAGUUGAGUGACAGCGAUGAGUGGAGCCUGCAAGCCGUGGAGAAGCAUACCCUGGUGGCCCUGAAAAGGGUGCAGGCUCUGCAGCAGCGCGGGCCCGGCGCGGCCCCCGAAGCGGCCCAGAAGCCCCCGGAGGGGGUGGCAGGAGACCAGAAGGGCGGAGUCGGGUACACAGACCAAGACCGAAAGAUCCUGCAACUUUGCGGGGAGCUCUACGACCUGGAUGCCUCUUCCCUGCAGCUCAAAGUCCUCCAAUACCUGCAGCAGGAGACCCAGGCGUCCCGCUGCUGUCUCCUGCUGGUCUCCGAGGACAACCUCCAGCUUUCCUGCAAGGUCAUCGGAGAUAAAGUGCUGCAGGAGGAGACCAGCUUCCCAUUGACGACAGGACGCCUGGGCCAGGUGGUGGAAGACAAGAAGUCCAUCCAUCUGCAAGACCUCACCUCUGAGGAUGUGCAACAGCUGGAAAGUAUGUUGGGCUGCGAGCUGCAGGCCAUGCUCUGUGUCCCUGUCAUUAGCCGAGCCACGGACCAGGUGGUGGCUUUGGCCUGCGCCUUCAACAAGCUCGGAGGAGACUUGUUCACAGACCAGGACGAGCAUGUGAUCCAGCACUGCUUCCACUACACCAGCACCGUGCUCACCAGCACCCUGGCCUUCCAGAAGGAGCAGAAACUCAAGUGUGAGUGCCAGGCUCUUCUCCAAGUGGCCAAAAACCUCUUCACUCACCUGGACGACGUCUCUGUCCUGCUCCAGGAGAUCAUCACUGAGGCCAGAAACCUUAGCAACGCUGAGAUCUGCUCCGUGUUCCUGCUGGAUCAGAACGAGCUGGUGGCCAAAGUGUUCGACGGGGGCGUGGUGGAUGACGAGAGCUAUGAGAUCCGCAUCCCGGCGGAUCAGGGCAUCGCGGGCCACGUGGCGACCACGGGCCAGAUUCUGAACAUCCCGGACGCAUACGCACACCCACUUUUCUACCGCGGCGUGGAUGACAGCACCGGCUUCCGGACGCGCAACAUCCUCUGCUUCCCCAUCAAGAACGAGAACCAGGAGGUCAUCGGUGUGGCCGAGCUGGUGAACAAGAUCAAUGGACCGUGGUUCAGCAAGUUCGAUGAGGACCUGGCCACAGCCUUCUCCAUCUACUGCGGCAUCAGCAUCGCCCAUUCCCUCCUGUACAAGAAAGUGAAUGAGGCCCAGUAUCGCAGCCACCUAGCCAAUGAGAUGAUGAUGUACCACAUGAAGGUCUCUGAUGACGAAUACACCAAACUUCUCCAUGAUGGGAUCCAGCCCGUGGCUGCCAUUGACUCCAAUUUUGCCAGUUUCACCUACACCCCUCGCUCUCUGCCCGAGGAUGACACGUCCAUGGCCAUCCUGAGCAUGCUGCAGGACAUGAAUUUCAUCAAUAACUACAAAAUUGACUGCCCAACACUGGCCCGGUUCUGUCUGAUGGUGAAGAAGGGCUACCGGGAUCCUCCCUACCACAACUGGAUGCACGCCUUUUCUGUCUCCCACUUCUGCUACCUGCUCUACAAGAACCUGGAGCUCACCAACUACCUCGAGGACAUCGAGAUCUUUGCCUUGUUUAUUUCCUGCAUGUGUCACGACCUGGACCACAGAGGCACGAACAACUCCUUCCAGGUGGCCUCGAAAUCUGUGCUGGCCGCGCUCUACAGCUCCGAGGGCUCUGUCAUGGAGAGGCACCACUUCGCUCAGGCCAUCGCCAUUCUCAACACCCACGGCUGCAACAUCUUUGACCACUUUUCCCGGAAGGACUAUCAGCGCAUGUUGGACCUGAUGCGGGAUAUCAUCCUGGCCACGGACCUGGCCCAUCACCUCCGCAUCUUCAAGGACCUCCAGAAGAUGGCCGAAGUGGGCUAUGACCGAACCAACAAGCAGCACCACAGCCUCCUUCUCUGCCUCCUCAUGACCUCCUGCGACCUCUCCGACCAGACCAAGGGCUGGAAGACCACGCGGAAGAUUGCGGAGCUGAUCUACAAAGAGUUCUUCUCCCAGGGAGACCUGGAGAAGGCCAUGGGCAACAGGCCGAUGGAGAUGAUGGACCGUGAGAAGGCCUACAUCCCCGAGCUGCAGAUCAGCUUCAUGGAGCACAUUGCCAUGCCCAUCUACAAGCUGCUGCAGGACCUGUUCCCCAAGGCGGCAGAGCUGUAUGAACGUGUGGCCUCUAACCGUGAGCACUGGACCAAGGUGUCACACAAGUUCACCAUCCGCGGCCUCCCAAGCAACAACUCGCUGGACUUCCUGGAUGAGGAGUACGAGAUGCACGAGCUGGGCAGUGCCAGGGCCCCCGUCAAUGGCUGUUGCAGCCUUGAUGCUGAGUGAGCCCCUCCUGGGACCUCUCCCCGCCCAGGCCUCCUCCCACAACCCGCCCCUGGCCUGGCCACACACCCUGCGACCAGAGCCACGGGUCCUGGAUUCCAGACCAGAACGUCCCGUGGGACCCUGGCCAAGGGCUGACGUUCCAGGCCUCAGUUUUCUCAUCUGUAUAAUGGAGACAAGACUUCUGGCCUCACCGAGACUUUGUCAUUUGUCCUCUGAGAGCACUGGCUGACCAAUGAGCACCUCUGACCACACCCUGGCAAGUCCCCACCCCCCACAAGCCACUCCCUCUCGGAGGCAGCCUGGUGUUUCUCCUGGGUCCCAUUCCCGCCCCACCAGAUCUGUGUCCUUUUUCCUCUGGGGGCACCCCCUGCCCCCCAGGAUCUUCAUACAAGGAGGUGGGAUCUCGUUGUGGGUCUUAAGAGACAGUCAUCAGCUUGGCUGGAGGUCCAGACGUGGCCAUGGGCCAGUGGGUAGCCCAGGGGCUGCGCUGUGUUUAUGCUGGAGACUGGGUCCCAGGGAGAUGCAGGGGCCCCGGGAGGAAGCUGCCGGCGGGGGUGGGGGCAGCUCAGCACCACAGGGAGAGGGGGCUCAGGAAGAGGGCAGGAUAGGCGCAGUGGGCAGGCAGGGUCCCUGGGUUGGGACGCAGGCCUGGGGUGGGUCAGCAGUGCUUCCUCUCGGCUGUGCCACCCUGGGCAAGUCCCUUCUUCUCUCUGGGUGAGACAGGAGGCUGAGACAAUCUCUUCCCUUACAUCCAUUUUAGAUCAAAGUCCCCAUGGCUCUGUGGAGUCCCAGGAGAGGCCAUGGAGUGUCCCUGGCACCCUGGGGCAGAGAGCUGAGGACGCUGAGUCUCUGGCUAGCCCCCUGAGUGUACCCCUUGGCCAGAGCCCCUCCCCUACCCCUGCAGCCAGAGGGGCACCUGGCCUCUCUCCUCUUCAAGGCCAUGUCCGCCCGUGCUCCGGGGCUUGGGAGACCCCACAGGGCCAGGCCUCUGGGGUCACCCCAGCUGCCAGCUUCUCCCUUCUCUGUUUUAUUCUGGGAGUGUCGUGGGUGGGGGGAGGGGGGCCACCUGCCUUACCUAUUCUGAGUUGCCUUUAGAGAGAUGCGUUUUUCUAGGACUCUGUGCAACUGUUGUAUAUGGUCCCGUGGGCUGACCGCUUUGUACAUGAGAAUAAAUCUAUUUCUUUCUACCAA